CACAAUGCAACGCAAUACAACAUACCGUGUCUCAGAUCUCUUCGUCUCUCUUCUGCUUUCUUACAGCAACAACCAACAAACAAAGCAAUAAAAUCACUUUCUCUUCUUCCAACACUAUCCAAAACUCACCGUUUUAUCUGUUUUCGUUUUUGGUUUUUGUUUUUCCUUUUUUUUGGGCUUUUAGUUUAUCUUCUGGGGAGAAAGAGAAUGGUGGAGCCGAAAGACCAGGGGAUCAAGCUCUUUGGGAGGACGAUUCCUCUGCCUGAGGUGUCCUCGGCUGCUCCUGCCGGUGGUUCUUUUGACGAGAGUAUCGAACGGGAUCCGUCCUGUUCGGUGGGUUCUUCGCUGGAGGAGGAUAAGAACAGAGAUUAUAUGGAUGAAGAAGAAAGAGUGUGUGAAAAGGAUCUACCGGGGGAAAAGCCUACUGAGACUAAACAGGAGGAUGGAUCCCCGCCAGUGUAUUCUGAAGAGUCUUCAAAUCCAGAUGCAACUGCGGAGAUGAUUGAGAACCAUAAAACACCAUCUGAUGAGAAGGAGAACACUACUUCAGAAACUUCAAAGAUAGAAGAAGACCAUAGUGAGCCUAGUACUUCACAAGAGAAGACUUUGAAGAAACCUGACAAGAUUGUUCCAUGCCCACGUUGUAAUAGUAUGGACACUAAGUUCUGCUACUACAACAAUUACAAUGUUAAUCAACCACGACACUUCUGCAAGAACUGCCAGAGAUACUGGACAGCAGGUGGGACAAUGAGAAAUGUACCUGUAGGUGCUGGACGUAGAAAGAGCAAGAACUCAGCUACACACUACCGUCACAUAACUGUGUCUGAAGCACUGCAAAAUGGUCGAACUGAUGUUCCUAAUGGAGUCCACCAUCCUGCAUUAAAAACUAAUGGUACUGUACUCACCUUUGGCUCAGACACACCUCUUUGUGAAUCAGUGGCUUCUGUUUUAAACAUUGCUGAUAAAACAAUGAGAAAUUGCUCUCCAAAUGGCUUUCAUAAACCGGAGGAGUCACAAAUUCAACUUACUUAUGGAGGUGGAGAGACUGGAGAUGCUCAUUCAAAUGGAUCUUCAAUGACAGUUUCAAAUUCAAAGGAUGAGGCAAGCAAAAUUGCACCACAAGAGGCGGCUAUGCUGAAUGGUCAAGGCUUCCCACCUCAAUUGCUAUGUUAUCCUGUGCCUCCAUGGCCUUACCCAUGGACUUCAGCUCAGUGGACCUCUCCAGCUCCCCCGCCUGCAUUCUGUCCUCCAGGUUUUCCAAUGCCAUUCUACCCUGCAGCAGCUUACUGGGGUACCAUACCUGGUCCUUGUUGGAUUCCUCAACCAUCUUCUCCCAAAACUCCCAGUUCAGGUCCUAACUCUCCAACUUUGGGGAAGCAUUCAAGGGAUGAGAACAUGGUAAAACAAAGCAACUCUGGAGAAGAGGAACCACAUAAAGAAAAUAAUGCUGAGAAAUGUCUUUGGAUUCCAAAAACAUUGAGGAUUGAUGAUCCGGGAGAAGCUGCAAAGAGCUCUAUUUGGAGAACGCUGGGGAUUAAGAAUGAUAAGACUGAUUCCAUUGGUGGGGGAGGACUCUUUAAGGCAUUCCAACCAAAGGGCAAAGAAAAGAAUCAUGUAGCAGAAACCUCUCUGGUCUUAAAAGCCAAUCCAGCUGCAUUAUCUAGGUCACUAAAUUUCCAAGAGCUCUCAUAAUUAGGUAGGUGAUCAACUUGUAAUUGUUUGAAGUGGUGCAAGCAUCUUGGUGGUGUUUAACUGAUCCCUACAAAUCCACUCAAAUUUACACACAACUGAGGUCAUACACAUUCACUAUCCUCUUAUAAAAAAUCAACUGUCAAAGCAAUUGCACGGAGAGGAACACUGUUAUGUGUUCUCUCAACCUGUCAUAUCUCCAAUAGAAAAUGAGAGCUUAGCUGAGGUGGCAACUGAUUUUUUUCUUGUUUCUGUUUGAUGGCAGUACAACCGGAUGCUUUUUGUUUCCCAGUAGAUGGUUUGUGAGUUUAUGUACAUAUUUAUAUAUGAACUAGUGAGAACUAGAUCAGCGUGAGUUUGUGUACCAUAAAUCCCAGGUGUACUCAAAUAAAUUUGGGAAUGAAAAUUAACUUCUUAUUGGUAUUUCA